AUGGUUAAUGAGUUUAAUCCAAAUGAGAUUGUGCGUGAUCCAGAUAGUAGGAAACAAAUUGAUGAGUAUGCUCCGGAUAUUCAAGACCAAGUGAGGAGGGCAUAUAUAUUGAAGGGUCCAAUGCAACCAGAUUUGCCAAGCUUUCCUCGUACUUCAUUUGGAAGUGUUAAAAGAGCAUUUAGUAAAUCAUGGUAUAAGAAUUAUUCAUGGUUAGAAUAUAGUGAGAUCAAGGAUCUAGUUUUUUGUUUUUAUUGCUUUCUCUUUAAGAAAUCCGGGAGGGCCGAGCGCUUUGGUUUUGAAGUUUUCACUAAAAGCGGAUAUAAAGAUUGGAAGCAUUCAUCUCAAGGAUUUAAAGAUCAUGUUGGUAGUCAUAUAUUUUUUGCAGUCUAUAUAUUUUUUGCCCGGGCUUUAAGAAUUUUCUGGCUCCGCCACUGCAUUGAACCGUGUUCUCUAAGCUGA